CUUCAAUGUAAAUAAACUUCUUGCUUCUUGUAUCGUCAAUGAUUUUGACGUUAAACUUUUGCAAAUUAUAUUAACUAUAUUAAUUAAUCAGAUCUGAUGAUUAUCGUCAUGAAAGUGUGAAGGAUGAGUAGCACUUGGCGUGGCGUCUACUGUGCUGUUCCGGGAUGCAUGAAGAGGAGGUUGCCAGAUGCGCCGGCGAGUUCCUUCCACAGAAUCCCUGCAGCGGUGAUCACUACAGAUUGCAUCCGCACCCUGCAACUCUCUCAAGAACGGCACUCACUGUGGCUCAAAGCCAUCAGCCGUGAUGAGGAGACGUUGCGGCUUUUUGAAACAGUCAUCUUGCCUGAAAAUAGCAAGGAUGAUAACUUCAAUCUAGCCAAAGCUGUCGUCUGCGAAAGACAUUUUCGCUCAGGAAGACCAAGCAAACUUCUUGACUUCAGAGACGUUGAUUGGGUUCCAACCUUAAACUUGGACUAUGAAAGAAACAUAGCAGAAACUGCAGAAACAAAGCUCAAAGUAAAGCACAGAAUCAGCGAUAAUGAAGUUACAAAUAAAUUGGCCAAAGUGAAAACAAUUCUAAGACCACAGAGCUCUAAUGUUGGCCGUGAACCAGAGACUGAUGAAAGAACAGACAAGAACAUCAGCAAUGAUGGUGGAUCUGGCUGUGAGAAGGAAAAUGGAGGCGAGGACGAACCGAUGUACGACAACAUCAUCGUCGUGCAGCCAAAUGUUCAGUCCUCGUCUGCAGAUCAGUUUCCUGUGCAACCUCAAUUUCAUCUCAUCAAUACCAACCCUGUCCAACAUGCAGUGACAACUCCAAAUCCCGUAGCAGGAAUUCCAAAAUUGAUGGUGAUGCCCAACGGAAUGUUGGCGAUGCCUAUUCUUCUCUCCAUCCCAAUACCAAAUCCGACACCAAAACUUCCCAUACCCCGACUUCAUCCUCUUCCACCUGUUGGCAGCGAUAACAAAGUGACUGCUCCAGAGACAAUCCAUAAAGUCUACCAGCAAAAGACUGUUGCACAUCAUGAACAUAACUACUGUGCCAAGAUAGCUGAUUCAAAGGAGAGUGAUACGCUUCCAGAAAAAAGUGACGCACCAAAGGUUGUGUCAGCAAGGAGAAUUGUUUGCAUUGUGCCUGAUUGUUUCAACAACACUCUUUCCAACUCUGAAAAAUGCUUUUUCAGCAUUUCAUCUGUGCUCCUCACAAAAAUGGAGGUCUUUCUGAGGUUGAAAUGGACAUACAAACACUUUAGACCCCCACAACUCAGGACCUCGGUCUACUUCUGCCAAGAUCACUAUGACCUGAACACGGACUUUGUCGAUCCAUUAGCGACUCCCCUUGUGUUGAAACAGGGAGUGCUGCCACACCUGCUGAAACGACGGCGCAAUAAGGGACAAAUUGAGUGGCACGAAUACACUCCUGGGAACCCUUUGGCUCUAGAUGAGAUUGAAAAUUCUCAAACUCCUGUUACAAUUCAGAGACCAAAGAGAAAGAGACCAUAUAAGCGUAAAUGUUUUGAUCUGCCACCCCAUUCAGCUUUUGAUCUGCCACCGCUGCCUCCACCCAAGAAGCCUCAGGAGCAGCCGCCGGAGGAAAAGAAGCGGAAGUUUGUGAUUAUUGAUGAUGAGCCAGAAGAGGAGGAUGAGGUUUUCCAAGACAAAGAAGCUCUGAGUGACACAGAAAGUUGGAAGGACGAUGAGAUUGAGGACGAGGAGUUUGGCAAGAUUACAGAAGAGGCUAUCAAAGCUGGAAAGACUGUGAGAACAAGAAGAGACUGCAAGAUUACUGAGUGGGAGCUGCUGCCUAAGAAUCUUUUCAUGAAAAAGGAUGACAAAAACUCAAAGUCAAAGGAAAAAGAGGAAGAAGUUGAAGAGGAGCCCAUUUAUCAGUAUGUUCCUGAAGAUGGUGGAGAAUGCUCUAAACCAGUACCCCAAUUGGAGAUGACAGACAAGUGCCAUUACUGCGAGCGGUGGUUUCCGUCUCGAGGAAUGAUGUUCAAGCACAUGAAGAUUGAGCACCCAGAGUACUCCGUCUUCAUUUGUGGAUAUUGUCGCAAGAAAUUGGGCAACUGGAAAUCUUUCUACCAGCACAUUUGGAACCACAUGAAGAUGUCCAACGUAUGCGAGUUUUGUGACAAACAUUUUGCUGCCAAAGUGAAUCUUUUGAAGCACCAAGCCAAGUUCCACUUUUCUGACAAUGAAGCUGAGCAGACCCAACCUGACAGACUCGAAGAACAAGAUUCAGGAGUUGGUGAACAGGGCGGAAGCACACAAGGAGUUGAGUGCCCUGUUUGUUCGGAAGUUGUUGAAACGGAGCAACUUCUUGCCAUUCACAUGCUCGGACACGGACUGCAAUCCUCGAAGGAAGAACAGGAUGCUCCGAACCAAGAAGGAAACGAGGCUCUAGAAUGCAUGCAGAAAUUUGCCAUCGAACUCCUGACUGAUUCCCGAGAGAAUUCGGAGGACAUCACAAUUCACUAUGCUGAUGAGCAGGAUGCUCAACAAAAUUUCAAUAUUCCAAAGACCCCAGAAGAGGAGAUGCAGCCCAUCAGCCAAGUGUUCCAGUGCACAGAGUGCUUCAAAGUUCUCGAGAGUCAGCAGCACCUUUCUGUGCACAUGAUGAACCAUGGGCUUAUUUACAAGUGUGAUACGUGUGCAGAGACCUUGGAAGGUUGGUCUAACAUCCAUGAGCACAUGCUGGCUCACGUAGGAUCCAACUUUGAGCACAUUGUAAAUAAAAAUUUGUGAUCAAUACUAUUUACUCGGAAAGAAUAUCCUACAAAAGGUAUUUCUAAUAAAGUAAAGAAUAAUAUUUUAAAAACUAUCGCACCUCCUUCCAACAAAUCUUGUAAAACUUAAUCUUAAAAUUUCCUUACCGAGUAGCUGGUGGUAAAAUAUUUUAUAUUCCCUUACUUUUAAGUAUAGCUUUGGUUAAAAGCCUAUGCUAUAGAUUUGUUCAAGAAAAUUGAUUUUAGC